GUGCUGAGCUAUGGCGACACCAAACUACGGGGACGGGACGUGGACCUGCUGGAGGGCCCUCACUGGUUGAACGACAUGGUGAUUGGCUUUGCCUUUGAGUACCUGGCCCGGGAGGCCUUCCCGCAGCCUGGCCUGCUGCUGAUCCCAGGCAGCGCCACUUUUCUACUAGCCAACUUGGGCCGCGACGGCUCGGCGGUGGUCCUAGAGCCGCUGCGCUUUGUGGCGGCGCAGGUGGUUCUGUUCGCGGUGAACGACAACCCAGACGUCGAGCACGCAGAGGGCGGCAGCCACUGGUCCCUGCUGGCCUAUUGCGCCACCGAUGACACCUUCCGCCACUACUCGUCGCUACAGGGCUCCAACCACCGCGCCGCCAGGCGGCUGUUUGAGGCGGCCCGGCGGCCAGGCAGCACGCUGUGCGAGCAGGCCACGCCGCAGCAGCGGAAUGGGCACGACUGCGGCGUGUACGUGAUGGCCCUGGCACGCCUGCUGUGCCAGCGGUAC